UCCCGUUUAUCUUAAUAUUUAACUUAUUUUGUAUUCAUUUCUUCCAUUCCCGGUAUAUGCAAAUUUAUGGCAUACUCCUGUACUGUUGCCAAUUAAAAACCAACGGAACCACGCAACCAGGUCAAUACUAAUCUAUAAAAUCAAGAGACAUGCACAUGCGACAGUCAGUAAAAUGAAAAGUUUAGGUGUCAUCAUUUCCCUGUACCUCAUAUAUCUGGUCACCACCCAUCCAACAGAAAAAGUUACUUACAAUGGGAACCAACUAUGGAAAAUUACCAACGACAAUAAAACCACAUUGAAACUACUAAAAACUCUAGCGAAAGAAAAAUAUUUAACUCUUUGGGCGUUAAACGCUAAAAAAGUCGACGCCAUGAUCGACCACAAAUACGUAACCCAAGUUAAAGAGAAACUCCUCGAAAACAACCAAAAGUACGAGGUUUCAAUCGAAGAUGUACAAAAAGCUAUAGACGAAGCAAAUCCCAAACCACAGGAAGAUCUUGACGGACGUAAAGGCUACCGUCUCACGUGGAAUUACUACCACAACUUGGACGACAUUUACGACUAUCUGCACUACUUGGAGGCCACUUUUCCUAAAUUAUGUACCGUCACUACAAUUGGAGACUCAGUCGAAGGGCGUCCCAUUAAGCUCCUGCGAAUUUCGAACAAAAAUCCCAACAACAAAGCUGUGUUCGUUGAAGGUGGAAUUCACGCUAGAGAGUGGAUAUCGCCAGCUGCCGUCACUUACAUCAUAAACCAAUUGAUUAGCAAUUAUGACGACGAACCAUCUUACAUUAAAAAUCUGGAUUGGUAUUUUGUACCAGUUUUGAACCCUGAUGGAUACACGUAUACGUACAAUGUGGACAGGUUGUGGAGAAAGAAUAGAGCACAAAGUAAGACAAGCGAUUGUGUAGGUGUCGAUCUUAAUAGGAACUGGGGGUACGACUGGGGUAGCAACGGGUCGUCGACUGAUCCUUGCAGCAAUUCGUACAGGGGGACAAAACCGUUUUCGGAACCUGAAACCGCAUCUGUUGCUAAAUUUUUUAUUAAUAAUCCAGACAUCCAGUGGGUUGGGUAUUUAGCAGUGCAUUCCUAUGGACAGUUUAUUGUCUAUCCUUGGGGCGAUCCGAACAGAAUUGUGGAAGAUUACGAAGACUUAAAUGAUGCAGGAAUCCAAGCAGCCGAGAGAAUCAUCCAAGGUGGAGGCGAGCCCUACACAGUUGGUCCUGUGGGAAUUGUUCUAUAUAAAGCGUCUGGAAGUUCAAUGGAUUGGGCUAAAGGAAGUGCAGCAAUUAAAUUCAGUUUUACUCUGGAAUUGAGAGACAGGGGACAAUAUGGUUUUAUUCUUCCAGCGCAAUUCAUCAAACCGUCAAGUGAAGAAGCUUUGAUUCUUGUUAGGGUUGUUGCUGAAGCUGCCGCAAAAACAUUUACAAAAAAAUAAUAAACAAUGGAAAAUA